GGCAUGUUCACGGCGGGAGCGGAGAGCCUGCUACGCCAGGCCAGGGAGAUUCAGGAUGAGGAACUGAGCAGGUUCUGCACCCGAGUAACGAAACUGCUGCAGAAGGACCCGGGGGCCGAGGCAGCUGAUGCCCUUCGAAGGCUCUUCCUCGUCGUCUCGGCCACUAAAUACAGCAGGAGGCUGCAGAAGCCCUGUGUGGACCUGCUGCAGACCACGCUCUGCUCACCCACGUGCCCUGAGCAGCUCCAGCUCCUCUCUGCUGCCAUUCUGCGGGAGAUGGCACCGUCCGAGGGCCUGGUGCUGGCCUGCGACCACGUCCAGAACAGCCGCACGCUGAGCCUGGUGGCCUCGGUGCUGCUGGCCCAGGGCGACAGGCAGGACGAGGUCGGCCGUGUGGGACGCCACGCCCUGCAGCUCCUGGAGGCCCGGCUGCCCGAGGGGCUCGGUCCACGGCCCCUCCUCCCCGUGCUGUCCAAGGUGGUCAGCCUCGUGCCAGGCGCCCUGCCCGAAGCCCAGGCCGAGCAGCUGCACCGCAGGCUGGUGGACUGGCUGCGUUAUGCCAGUGUCCAGCAGGGGGCAGCACCGCCCUCAGGGGGCUUCUUCUCGGUACCUAGAGCUCGCCAGCCAGGACUAGUCACUGAGGUAGAUGGUGCGAUGGCCACUGACUUCUUCACCGUGCUGUCCACGGGCCAUCACUUCACGGAGGACCAGCGUCUCAACGUGCAGGUCUUCUCCAUGCUGCGUGCCUGGUUGCUGCUGAGCGACCCCACGGGCGGGGCCGACACUGAUGGAGAUGACCACUCGGAACUGGAGGGCUCCACCCUGUCCGUGCUCUCUGCCGCCAGUGCCUCUGCCAGCCGCCUCCUGCCCCCUCGGCAGCAGCUUCGGGCCGGGGCCUUUGAGUACUGCCAGCGCCUUCUGGACCAGAGCAGCCGGCGAGCCCUGCGGAGAGGAGAUGCAGAGCUGCAGAGGGCUUGCCUGGUGGAGGCCGUGCUGCUUCUGGAUGUGCUGUGUCGCCAGGACGCAUCCUUCCUGUACCGAGCCCUGUCCUGCCUCAAGUCUCUGCUGGGCCGUCUGCGAGGAGACCCGGCCCAGGCCCGGGCCCUGCUGCCCAUUGCCCGCUUCCUGCUGGGCCACGGGGAGGCGGCCGCGGUGGAUGCAGAGGCCGUGUGCCUGCACCUGCUGGACAGCGUCCCGGCCGAGCUGUUCCCCAGCCCCAUGCUGGCCUUCGAGCUCGUCCAGUUCUGCAGGGACAGCCUUCACCUCUGCGGCCAGGACCUGGGCCUCUUCCAGCUCAGCUUCCCCAACCUUUUCAAGCUCCUGGCCUGGCACAGCCCGGCCCUCACUGCGGAGUUCGUGGACCUGCUCCCGGGACUGGUGACCACCAGCACUGCGGUGGAGAUGCUCCACGCCCUGCUGGACCUGCCGUGUCUGACCGCAGCCCUGGACCUGCAGCUCAGGUCGUCACCAGCACUGUCAGAGCGGCCGCCCUGGGACAUCUCCCUGAGGCCUACCAGCUGCCUGGAGGGCUUCCGGGACCCCCAGUUCCAGGGUCUCUUCCAGUACCUGCUGCGCACCAAGGCGGGUGGUCCUCCUGAGAGGCUGGCCCCACUGCACCGCCUGCUGCAGCCCAUGGCCGGCUGCGCCCGCGUGGUCCAGUGCGCUGCGGCGGUACCCGUGCUGCUCCCAGUGUUCUUCACCCAGGUGACCCAGGUGGCCAAUGGGGCCCUGACUGCCCAGCUGGCGCUGGUACUCCUGGAGAGGGGCGGCUCCCUGUUCCAAGUGCCACACUAUGAGGCCCGUGUCCACAGGGUGAUGAGCUCGCAGCUCCUGGCACUGUUCCGGCUGCGCCCGGCCCUGGUGGUGGAGCUGGCCCGGGACCUGCUGCGGUUUGUGGGGAGUGUGAGCAGCAUCGGCAGCCGGGACAGCAUGUUUGAGGCCGUGGUGUGGGCCAUCGGCGAGUACCUGGCAGUGACCCAUGACCGGCGCUGCACAGUGGAGCAGGUCAACCGGUUCUUCGAGGCUCUGGAGGCCCUGCUCUUUGAGGUCACCCAGUCCCGUCGCUCCGCCACCCACCCCCCAUGCCCACCACAGGUGGUCACUGUCCUCAUGACCACGCUGACCAAGUUGGCGUCCCGCAGCCAGGACCUGAUUCCCAGGGCCUCGCUGCUUCUGUCCAAGCUGAGGGCCCUCCCUCAGGGCCCAGCUGGGGGCCCCGGAGACGAGGACACGGACAUCAUCCGCACAAGAGCCACAGAGCUGACCAACCUGCUCAAGAUGCCCAGCGUGGCCCAGUUCGUGUUCACACCGGUCACUGAGGCCACCACCCCACAUGUCCACCGCAAUGCCCACGCCAGCUUGCACCUUUCCCUGUGCACGGUCAGCCGAUUGGUGGACAGAGAGGCCAGCCUCCUGCCCACAUGA